UUGUCAAUUGCGUAGGUAAUAUAAAUCUUGAUCAAAAAUUGAGUAAACUUGAAAAUAUUUGUGAAAUGAGUUAAAUAAUAAAUAGCAAGUGUUAGCUUCCAUUCCAUCAGAUAAAAUGUUGUCCGUAAAGCGACUGCCGCCCCUUGCUACCUCAAAAUCUCAAUUAAAAAUACCUUACGAAAUGAGUGUUAUUUUAGGUAGAAAAUUAAAUAAAACCCCUUUUAAUAAUACAAUGAUGCAUUUCUGUAAAUCUGUUGUCGCUCUACACUCAAUUACAAGCAAGAGCCGAAAUCCUCAUUUAAGGCAGUUCAAUGCUGAGUAUAAAGCAGCAUGUGCAAUGUGGAAGAGGUCCAAUAUUUCAGGCUUCGCACCCACAUUCAACAGUCUCUUAGGAAAAAGCAUACACACAAGUUCAACAAAUUAUAACCAGGAACCCAAUAAAGACCAGGAUAAAGACAAGAAGAAAAAUGACGAUGAUAGUAUGUUAUCAAUGAUUGUUAAAGGCCUAUUCUGGAUGAUGACUGCAUUUAGUCUUAUAAUUAUGAGUUCCAUGCUGGUACCUGGAGAUAACACACAGAAUGAGUUUGUCAGAUAUGUAUCCUGGAAUGAGUUUGUAUACACCAUGUUGUCGAAAGGUGAAGUUGAAGAAUUGAUUGUUAGACCUGAUAUUGAAGUUGUCACCAUUAUACUACAUGAAGGAGCUGUUUUGAAGGGAAAACGGGCUACCAAUCGCGUCUUUCAUAUGAAUGUGGGUGAUAUUCAUCGAUUUGAAGAAAAGUUGCGUGAUACUGAAAAAAGUUUGGGUGUUACAGAGGGUGUCAGAGUAAUUUACGAUAGAAACGGCACUGUGGCUGGCAAAGUGAUCAUAACCUUGCUGAUUGCAGCUGUCAUAUUUUCAUUUCUGUACUCCAGCAAAUCAAUGAAAAUGAAUAUCAAUCUCGGAGGCUUUAGUCAAUUGGGCCGUGCCAAGUUUACUUUGGUAGAUUCAAUGACUGGCCAGGGUAAGGGUGUUAAAUUCGAAGACGUAGCAGGCCUCAGGGAAGCUAAGAUCGAAAUAAUGGAGUUUGUGGACUAUUUGAAGAGACCGGAACAUUAUAAAAGUUUAGGUGCCAAGGUGCCCAAAGGAGCGUUAUUACUAGGUCCUCCAGGUUGCGGUAAAACUUUACUCGCUAAGGCCGUGGCCUCUGAAGCAAACGUGCCAUUCCUCUCCAUGAACGGUUCGGAAUUUAUUGAGAUGAUUGGUGGUCUAGGAGCUGCAAGAGUCAGGGAUUUAUUCAAAGAGGCUAUCUCUCGUGCACCUUGUAUUAUAUACAUUGACGAGAUGGAUGCAGUGGGCAGAGCCCGAUCUUCGGGGGCUUCGUCUUGGGGCCCCGGCGGCGGUGAAGGGGAACAGACGCUUAACCAACUCUUGGUGGAGAUGGACGGCAUGAAGAGCCGAGAGGGAGUUGUUGUGUUGGCUUCAACAAAUAGAGCUGAUGUGCUUGAUAAGGCAUUGUUACGUCCAGGGCGGUUCGACCGUCACAUACUUAUAGACUUGCCAACGCUUUCAGAGCGAGAAGAGAUUUUCCAGAGACAUUUGAAGAAUAUAGUGUUAGAGGAACUCCCUAGUUACUACAUUAAAAGGUUAGCCUAUUUGACGCCUGGGUUCAGUGGUGCGGAUAUCGCAAAUGUUUGCAAUGAGGCUGCAUUACACGCAGCGAGGUACAAACAUACCAUAGUCCGAGCAGCUGACUUGGAAUACGCCGUUGAGAGGGUUGUAGGGGGUACGGAGAAGCGAAGUCACGCUAUGUCGCCGGGAGAGAAGAAGAUUGUGGCAUACCAUGAGUCCGGGCAUGCGUUGGUCGGAUGGCUUCUAGAACAUACGGACGCCUUGCUAAAGAUUACGAUUGUGCCCAGGACUAACAUGGCUCUUGGGUUCGCACAAUACACUCCAUCUGACCAGAAACUAUUUUCGACAGAAGAGCUGUUUGAUCGUAUGUGUAUGGCAUUGGGCGGUCGCGCUGCUGAGGCUAUAGUGUUCAAUUCGAUCACGAGCGGCGCCAAGAAUGAUUUAGAGAAGGUUACAAAGAUUGCUUACGCACAGGUGCAAGUAUAUGGCAUGUCACCAACAGUCGGCCUUCUGUCUUUUCCCGAUAUGAAAGACAAAGGCAAGAGUCCAUUCAGUAAAACUUUGAAGAACUUAAUGGAUUUGGAAGCGAGGAAAAUUAUCGGCAAAGCUUAUUAUAGGACAGAGUCACUACUGAAGAACAACCACGAGAAGUUGAAAGCUCUAGCCGAAGAGCUUCUGAGAAAAGAAACGUUAAACUACAAGGAAGUAGAGGCCAUUCUGGGCCCCCCACCGUUCCCUAAGAAGAGUUUUGUAGAUCCAAUCGAGUUUGAGAAUACUUUGAGAAACUUAGAGAAAUCCGCUACAGAACAGGAAAGUAGCAAUAUAGGGGCACCAUCGGCUAAACCUGAUUUAUAGAUGAUUAAAAUUGCUGUAAAAACUCUAACUACUGAUUGAAGUACAGAAACGGGAAUUUAGUUUUGAAUUUAAUUAAUAUUGUUUCUGUCAUGUCUGCCUGUGUUGUUUUCUGCAUAAAUUUUGUGUUAAAAUCAGUAGCCUUCGUAAAAAUAAUUGUAUUUGUGUGGAAACAUCAAUGAUUAUUUCCUUCCCUCUACCGUGUUCUAUAUUACCUUAAUAAAGGUUCAUCUCAAUCCCUAUGACGACAUCAACAUAAUCAGAGAUUUUAUAGAAGCCACACUACACAAAUUGCCUUUAUGCCUAAAAGUUAUUUACUCACAAAUCUCUAAUAUUAUUUGGAAGGCUAUUAUAAAAUCGUAUAGGUAUAUUAUCGCUUUCUUUAACGAUUGUACGCAAUCCUCCAUUAUUAAGUAUAAAAAUGUUGAAAUAUGCCUGAAAAAUAUUACCAACGGAAAAAUAUCAAGUUCUCAUCGGAAACUGAGCUUGUUCUAUUUAUCGAUAGGAUUUUCUUAAAGUUUAAAAGUGUGUCGAUUAUUGUAAUUUAAUCUUCUUUCUUUCAUUAAUAUUAAUUAAAUAUGUAUUUUUAUGACAGAAAUAAUAUUUAAUAUAUAAAAAUUAAAACCCCACCAAUUCUACCUAUGGUAAGGGCGACAGACAGGGUUACGUACGAUGCGUGCCUUUGCAAAACAACUACCUUCCUUUUAUCAUAUUAAGGCCCAAAGACACUAACCUCGGUUGACCACAUUGUGAAUUGGACAACCUCGAAUUGUGCCAAUGAAGUCAUCGUCAUUUAUUCGCGCCUUCUUGUUAUUUGGGAAAUAUUUAGGAUGCCCAUUUUCGGCUCUCAUUAAUCCUUUUAUUUAAGCUUUCCUACUAUUGGUACUUUUCAAUACAACUCCUGAUCUUCUUCUUCUCGGUCAAUAUGCUCUUGAGAGCGGACGUGUUUGUCAAUAAGUUUCAAUAGGGGCUAGAUGCCUAGAGGCCUUUCACAAUUUCUCGCUAUCUCUCUCUCUGUUAGAGGUCAUUCGAGUGCAAUCAUGCAGGCCGCCCACAGCAGGCUUGACCUGAUUGGUCCAUCGCAUAGGUACCUUCCACGCGGUCUAAUGCCUGAUACUUUUCCCUGGACGACAAGGCGUUCUGUGGACUGACUGCUUUUUCUCGAUACGUGUCCAAAGAAGGCGAUUAUGCGGGAUUCCACUAUGAAAGAUAAAUGCUGUUUAAUGUUUAGUUCCUUGUAGUAUUUGUUCUUCAUGUAUUUAUUAUAUUACAUUUCAAACCAGAGUACAACACGACGAAGUAAAACGCCUUUUUUGCAGUAAAAAAAAGGUGCUAAUACGAACACUACAUCUUCACAGGCACAGUUAAACAUUUUUUAUUUAUCUAAACUGUCUAAAGUUAACAUCGAUCUAUACAGCCUCUUAUGCAAUUGCAAUCAGUCUUAUUACAACGGAGUAAUUGUACUGUGGUACCUAUAUUAUGAUCAAAUCAUAAUUUAAUAUUUUUAUCGUGUAUUUGUAGAAUUUCGUAAGUAGUGUUAAUAAAAGAUAUACCAUA